GGGAGGCGUUUCGGAAAACGUCACCGUUUGGAGCCGCCAUUGGCGGGCGCGGGUUAUAUGGAGGGGUUUUUAGUCGACGGCGCGCAUUCGUUCCCCGGGACCUUUGGCGGACGGAGCAGAUGGCCCGAUACAAGAUCGUGGACUACACCUUUCCGACGGCGGCCGAGUUGGCCCGAGUCAUCCUGACCCACAAGGGAAUCGAAUUCGAAGACGUCCGCCUGGACGGGGCCCGAGUCGGAGAGGCCCUGGCGGCCUCUCCCUUCCGGACGCUGCCCGUUCUGGAGGUGGACGGAGAAGCGGUGGCGCAGAAUCACUCCAUCUGCCGCUUUCUGGCCGCCGAACACGGUCUUUCCGGGAAGAGCGGCCGGGACGCGGCCAAGUGCGACCUGGUCAUGGACGCUCUGUGGGACAUGUUCGCUCGCAUGAGAAGACCGGAAGUGGAGAGCAUGACCCGAGAACAACGCCUGGCAGAGCUGUCGACCGUCAUCGAAGAAGACGCUCCCGCCUACCUGGACGGACUGGAAGCGCUGCUGAAGAAGAGCGGAACCGGAUAUUUCGUCACCGACCAGGUGACCUGGUGCGACUUGGGAGCGGCCCUGGCCCUGACGGCUCUGGAGCACCGUCGACCCGGAUGUCUGGACAAAUACUCCGAACUGCAGAAUCUGGUGGCCAGAGUGGUGGAACUUCCGGCCGUCGGCCAGUUCCUCCUGUCUCGGGCCCAGUCCGACGGCCUGUGAGGCCCUUUCGCCUUUUCCUCGGUUCCUAGCUUCCGCCUCCGGCUCCGCGUUUUCUGUACGCUUUUUGCCAUUGUCCAUUAAACUUUCGUUUA